GCCGCUGAUGGAUCGUUGUAUCCGACACCAGCACUGGGUUAUGCACGAGUUCCGUUACCACAAGUACCGCAACUACCGCAAAUACCGCAAGUACCGCAAUAUGGCACGGUACCGUACGCGCCCGCGAGGAGGAAUCCACUUCUGGGAGCGCAAUUCAUGAAGCCGAUCAAUGUCCCCAUAACACAGACGAGUCUGAAGUGCCAAAAAUGCAACUGCUGCGCUCUUCUGGCUUCUGGUUUUAGUAUUACUGGUGGAUACCCACCUAUUGGCGGAAUUGGUCCAAAUGGCAAAAUUGGCCCUCUUGGGCCCAUAUACCCCAGACCUGGCAGCAAACAUCUCUGCUGUGAAUGUGGAGAAUGCCCGGGCAGACCAGUCAACGGUUUCCCACCUCCUUCAGCACUCCCACUACACCAGCUUCCCCACCACACCGCCACCAGCGUCCACGCUUUGACCGCUAAGCCUCCGUUUUCAACCACCACCACCACAGCCUCACCCCCAUUCGAUUACAACCGCCCAAUCGAUGUGCCUGGGUUCCCGCCCAGCAGUCGAGGCCGCCGUCUUGCCUCCUGGCCGUUUUCACCGAUGCCUUCACCUCCGCCAAUUGUACAACCACUUGGCCCACCAUCACCGGUCCUUCCGCCUCUACCUGUACCGCCGCCACCAGUGGUUCCACCUGUAGGACCUCCGGCUCAAAUCAUUCCGCCAAUCCCUCCAUCGCCGUUGGUCCCACCUGUUGGACCUCCCUCACCUGUGAUUCCGCCAGUGCCUUCUCCGCCAAUACGUCCCUCCUGUUGCACCCCCCGCACCGAUCAUUCCUUCAGUUCCACCGCCGUCUCCAGUCCUACCCUUAGGACCUCAUCCAGUGACACCACCGGUGUCUCCUCCGAUUCCCCUUAUCCCCACCUGGCGACUCCUAUACCACCUCAAUACCCCGUGAAACCUCCUAUCAUCAUUCCUUCCCGCGCCCUUCCACAUAUGUCCAGCCACCGACACCCACCUAUCUACCCGACUGCUCCCCCACCAGUCGAAGGAUAUCCUGUGCCGAUCGUUAAACCGCCGUCCGUUCCUGUUCCUGUCGAUUCGUACGCCGGAACGCCUUUGCCGGCUCCAAUCGUGACGCCUGGCGGAUCGAUCACGAACGGACUACGCUGCAUAGGAGGAAAA